AUGAAUUCUCAAAUGACGGCUUCAAACAGUGACAAAAAUAAUGACAAAAAUUCUGAAAUCACUAAAUCAAAGAAAUCAAGAGCUAAACCUGUUUCAAAGUCAAUUAAAGCUGAUUUAGUAUUUCCGGUCGGCAGAAUCCACCGUCACCUAAAACGAGGUCGCUACGCAUCACAAAUCCGAACAACAGCUGCAGUAUAUCUAACAGCAGUAUUAGAAUACCUUUGUGCUGAAGUAUUGGAAUUAGCCGGAAACGCGGCAAGAGACCAUAAACGAAUACGCAUUAUUCCGAGGCACUUGCAGUUGGCGAUUAGAAAUGACGAAGAAUUGAAUAUGUUGUUGAAAAGUGUUACUAUCGCCCAGGGUGGUGUGUUACCACAUAUUCAUAGAGAAUUAUUGUCGAAAAAAGACGGUUUUGCAAAUAAUGACGAAAUUCAAAAUGCGCAAUGA